UAAACCCCCCGCGAACUGUGUUGUCUUUCACUGCUGACACGAGCUUGUAAGAACUCGUACAGGCCGCGCCUAAUCCGGUUACUUUUGUACAAUUUGGGAGAUUCAACUCAUCUCAUCCGUCACGAUGCUGAGUACGGUCAGUCGGCAACUCAAAAGCCAUCCUGCCUUGAUCCCACUCUUUAUUUUCAUUGGCGGUGGAUGCACCAUGUCUCUGACAUACCUGGCUCGCCUGGCAAUCCGUAACCCAGACGUCUGCUGGGACAGGAAAAACAACCCAGAGCCCUGGAAUAAACUGGGGCCCACUGAUCGGUACAAGUUCUAUGCAGUGAACAUGGACUACAACAAACUCAAGAAGGACCGUCCUGACUUCUAAAUGUAUCCAGGGAAUCCAGACUUCAUGCUGGACCAAAGGCUUAAUCACAAAAAAAUCUAAAGAGCUACAAGUCCGCACACUUAUCCUCAUUGGCCCUUUCAUAUAUUAAUUUAUGCAAAGAGACGAAAUAUCGCACUUUUUUUUGUCUCUGAUUUGCUAGAUCCCUUUUACCAUUGGAUCUGUGAUGUGUCUUGUAUUUGCUUUCCAUUCUGUGUUGACAAACAAUUAAUAAAAUAACUUUUUUCCCACGUACAGAGAAAAACAA